UUGCUAAUAGUCUUGGUAGUAAAUUUCUUAGUGCAUGCAACCCUUAAUUUCUGCUUCCAGCAAAGGCUAAAGAUCUUUAAUUUAAGAACUUAUUUUGGUUGUUGAAGGCUGGAACUUCUUGAGCGCUUCCACAAAAUCGUUUAUUAAAAGAGUGAUGAAGAUGUGUCUUGGCAAAAGUACAUUUCUUUGUUUCACAUACGAUAAAUUUAGUGUCACAUGUACUUAGUCUGCCUAUAUGAUCAACACAUUGCAAAUUGUGACCCAAAGUCAGGAUAAAUUGCAGAUUUUUCUGUUGAGGGCAUAAUCCUACAAUCUACAGAAACAAGUAGUAGGUUAUUAUAAAAACUCAUCACUUCACUGCUUCCUAACGUGCUACUGUUUUUUCAUUUCACUAGAUUUUGCUUGAGCUAUAAUUUUUCAUCAGGUGCAUUAUAUGUAAUACUUCCACCAAGCAAAUUUCUAGAGUGGGUUUUUCAUGCUUAUGUUACAGGAAGGCCCAUCUCUCAAAAGCAAGGGAAAGGCAAGCAAUCCCACACGAAUUGCAGUAUUGACAUGGAGAUCAUUGUUAAUUAUGUCAAGAGAGUGGAAAUACUAUUGGUUCCGACUGAUACUUUAUAUGCUUCUUACACUCUGUAUUGGUACUGUGUUUUCUGGAUUGGGUCAUUCCUUGUCGUCUGUUGUGACAAGAGUUGCAGCGAUAUUUGUGUUUGUGUCGUUUAAUUCACUUCUAAGUGUUGCUGGAGUACCUGCACACCUGAAAGAAAUUAAGAUAUAUGCCUGUGAAGAAUCGAAUUUACAUUCUGGGACAUUUGUCUUCUUACUUGGGCAGCUCUUUUCCGGCAUCCCAUUCUUGUUCCUCAUCUCCAUUUCCUCAAGUCUCGUCUUCUACUUCCUUGUAGGCCUACGGGAUGAAUUCAGUUUCUUGAUGUAUUUUGUGCUAAACUUCUUCAUGUGCCUGUUAGUAAAUGAAGGAAUGGUACUGCUGAUUGUUUCCAUUUGCCAAGAGGUCUACUGGAGCAUCUUAACAUUGGUGUCAGUACAUGUGAUAAUGAUGCUCUCAGCGGGCUAUUUCAGAAUUCGCAGUGCUUUGCCCAGGCCAAUAUGGAUGUAUCCCAUAUCCUAUGUGUCGUUCCAUACUUAUUCUAUCCAGGGGCUCUUGGAGAAUGAGUAUAUUGGAAGUUCCUAUGCAGUUGGGCAGGUGCGGACUAUCUCUGGUUACCAAGCACUUCGAAACGUAUAUGACAUAUCUACCAGCAGUAGCUCAAAGUGGGAAAAUUUACUCGUUCUGUUUCUGAUGUGUGCUGGAUAUCGUAUUCUUGUAUUCGCGUUGCUACAAUUUUGUGUUAGAAAGAAGUUCCCUGGUCGUAGAUUUUUCCGGUGUAAUCGAGAAACGAACAAUCCGAGAUAAAUCGUAUGCCCUAUCUGGGCAUACUUCCGUCUUUAGACAAUUUUGCAUGAGGUAAAAAUGAAGAUAUAUAGAAUUCAGAAUGCGAAGUAUCCAUCA